UGCGAGCUGAGCUUUGCAGCGGUCUGGCUCCUUUCCCUGGAAAGGAGCGUUUGCAUGCUCUUUCACCGUCGACUUUGCAGAUCCAUCAAGAUCCGGCAUCAACAAGCUUGUUUCUUCUCUCACUCAACCAUGGCUACCGUGGCGUCCAAUGGCGUGGAGCCCGCAGCCAAGAAGCUCAAGGCAGGCACGGACGAGGAGGAGCUGUGCUAUGUCACGGAUGUGCACAGCACCGGCGUGUUGGGUACCGACCGAUUCCCUGUCAACGAGGGCGAGUCGAAGCGCUACCAUCUGUUCGUCGGGAAGAUAUGUCCUUUCGCGCAUCGGGUCAGCCAUCACCGCGGGCACACAGCACAGCGCAGCACAGCACACGGGCAUUUGCAGUGUCGAGAUGCCUCAUUCUGCUCCACUUUGUGUGAUGCAGGCGGAGAUCGCCCGCAAGUUGAAGGGUCUCGAAGACGUCAUCGGGCUGACGCAGGUCAACUCUGCGCAGGUGGAGGCGGGCUGGCGGCUGGACGACACAUAUUUCCACUCCACCCAAGCGGACCAGCGCGGCGAGCCCAACCCAGUGGCAGAAGCCAACAACGUGCCAGAUCUCUACAAGAUGACCACCCCCAGCUUCAGCGGCCGCGCGUCCAUCCCCGUGCUCUUCGACACCCACAGCAAAAAGAUCGUCAACACCGAAAGUGCCGAGAUCGCCCGCUUCUUCAGCAGCGACAAGCUCAACCACAUCAAGGCGUGCAAGCACCCAGAGCUGGAUCUGUAUCCGGUGGCCGAGAGAGCGGCGAUUGAUGAUUUCUGCGACAAGUAUGGGGCCGAGUUCGUCAAGCCUCUCUACCAGAGCGGCUUCACAAAAGACCAGACACGCUUCAACGAGCUCAACGAUCAGGUGAAGGCCAGACGCAGAGGCAAACGGGGCCGCACGAGCCUUUUCUGUGCGUGUGUCUGUCUCUAUCUCUGUCCCUGUCUGCAGGUGUUUGGUUAUCUGGCCAAGCUGGACGAUUGUCUCGGUGACGGCCGCACCUUUGUGAUGGGCGACAAGUUGACGGUGGCCGACAUCCAUGCCUACGUGCACCUCAUCCGAUUCGACCCCAUCUACUACACACUGUACUGUGCGCAAGACACUCACGAAGAGACCCUGCUCGUUCUGCCUGUGGUCACUCCUUCCUUGUGCGACUCUGUGUGUGGUUCAGGUACAAGCUGACCCAUCGCAGGAUAUCUGAUCACCCCAACAUCAAGAGCUACAUCCAAAGACUGUGGCAGGUACGCACACACCACACCCGCACCAACGUAUCACACAACUUCCAAUAGCGUGUGUGUGUGUGGUUUUCAGCUCGAUGGCUUCCGCCUGACGACCGACAUUUCCGCGUCGAUUGCCGGCUACUUCGAGAGCUGGAACCAGCCCAACUGCCCGAUGCUCGUGCCCAAAGGGAAGGGCGGCCUGGACCUGUGGCUCGAUGGUGUGUGAUCGAUCAUCUGAUCUGGUGCUUUACCGGUGGUGGCCGCUGGCAUCGUGUAUGGUGUGACGCGUCGACAGUGCAGCUCUCGUCAGCGUCAGCCACCAGAGCUGCUCUGUCGAGAGGCGGAGAGCUGGUCAUGGGCCUUAAUGGCGUCCGAUGUGGCGGCUUUCUGCUGCUGCCAGGGGGCCAUCUGUGUGUGGCGCAGAGAACACAUCCAUACACACAGGUGGCCUACGUUUUGCUCAAGCGAUUCAUCGAUUCCUGGGUCCGUGCACUGCACGUGAGUGUAAUCGCCAGUCUCCCUCUUGCCUUACGGCGAUGAUUUAUGAGGGGCCGGUGCAUGUGUGCAUGUGAGCGUGUGGACAUGUGCUGCUGCUUUGCGGUUGAGCUGCACCCUUUUUUGGGCAGCCCGUGGAUUUGAGCACCUUCAAUGUGUGUGUAGCUGUGGCUGUGUUCAUCGGACAGCCAUUAUUCCUGCAGACCAUGCAUAACAGAUCCAAUACAAUGAAACGCGCC